CACGUUCAACGAAUUCUGAAGCGCGAAGAGUUUAAGGCAGAGAAGAGGACGGACGGCUAACGGAAAUUCUGAAGUGUAACAAAACAGUACUUUCAAAAUGCUGUUUUUGUAACUUUCCGUUAUCGCUAAGUUAGUUCAUUAGUCCGUCUCGACCGGUUUCGCGUCGUUUUAGCUCAGCAGCGACGGGAAUCAUGACUCGUGCUGAGAAAAAUAGCGUACGUGAGCGUCCGUUCGCACCAGCUGCUCCUGAGGUGUUCCUUGGUUAGCGUUCAAAUGCUUUUAUUGACUUUUAAAAGACGUGGCGUCACGUUCAGUUUUAUCUGUCUAAUCUAGUUCUAAACGUCUCUGUAUGUGAUAUUUGCUGGCUGGAGGCGAUCGUAUUUUGCAUGACAGCUCUUUAAGUCUAGAUAUGGCCUCCCAGAAUGUGGUUUUUGCCAUCGAUGUGGAUUAUCGACCAGAGGAGACCAACAGCACGACUCAUCAAAACCACCUCAAACAGUGGAUACUAAGAGUCCUGCUCAGUUUGGGCCACAAACAUGGGCUGGAAAAAGUCCGAUGGGGUUAUAAAUUCUUCCAGUCAAGGACCGUGAAAAGCGCAGCCCUUUUAACAAGAGGAUCUGAUUUCAAGGAGCUCCAGGAGAAGGUGUUCAGUGACUUCGAAGAGGAGCUGCUGGGCAAAUUCAGUGUGGAAGGAAAGUCGCCCAAAAGUCGGGAAAAAUCCAACAAACUGAAACCAAGCCCGGCUAGUUGUGUCCAGAACGCCUUGAAAGAGAUCCUUCUAGACUUCCAGUGGGACAGACCUGACCUAACAUCUCCCACCAAGGUCACACUGAGACCAAGGAGGUCGAGUAGAAGUGGCAGAAAUGUCCCUCUGGAGAACUAUGAUGUGUUAAGUGUUGACCGAAAUGUCCUUUUUGUUGUGUCUGAGUGUCCACGAUCCAAAGCAGAGUUGGAAGACUACUUGUCCAUCCGUAGGGAUGGCGGUAGACUCCACAGAGACAUACAUGAGCAGGUGCUGCCCAAAGGUCUGAUAGAUAUGCUUACGCAACGCAAAGUGGUGCUCCAUUGGGCUGAUUCUGGUUUAUUGAAGGCUAAUUGUGUGGUAGAGGACUACACUGGCAUGGAGACAUUGACAGAGCUUCUUGGGCAGGUUGGUGGACGGGUAGUGCCCAUGCUGUCUCCUUGUUUGCCGUUGAUGGACCAGCAAUCUGAGACGAGCCUGUCACUGGAUUUGGGAAUAAAUGCCUUUCCUAUUGAAUCAACCAAUAGCUACCUUGAGUUGUCAGAAAGAAUGCACAGACAAGUCUUUCCUCCUUUGAGUGGAUGUCUUUCCUGGAUUGCAGAUGGCAACAUGCAGUCCUGUAGUGUGACUCUGGAGCCGGUAUCAUGCAGGCAGAGGUUUCUGCAAGCUCCUGUGAAUGUCACACUCAGCGGUGUCCUGCAGGACCUGGACAUCAUCUCCCUGUCACGUUCAGCCUCUGAGAGCUGGAUAAUUCGGUGCACAGAUGCUGAACUGGGUCAGGAGAUUUUUCAGCACUUAAAGCAGUUGUCUACUGGAGGAUCUGCCAUGCUAGCAGAUGUGAGUGAAGGAGGUGUGGUGUGUUCGGCGGUGCUGUUGGUGCUCUCUUCCUGUACGGCUCAACUCACUGUCCUUCAGCCUCUGGUUGCUCAGGAAGACCAGCUUCUGCCCGCACAUGUUGUUCCCUCGGAUAGCACGGACCUCUCCAGUGACCUGCCUGAUGUUGUCAGCAGUGUUCUCAAUGUCAUGUAUAACAUCAUGGAGGAUGAGGAUUGCUCAGAUCAAGUAAAGUUGCCAUUUGUUCCUGAUUGGGCCAAACAAGAGCUCAAGCAGGAGUCUUGUUUAAGGAGAAAUGGGCUGUUAGAGGGAUGGUUUCCUUUGUCUGACCAAUCAGGAAUCAGCUGCCAUUUAAUGGAAUCAAUGAGGCUCCUGAAUGCAGCUCCAGAGGAAGAGGAGAGGGAAGAGGAGUACUCAGAUACUCAGCAGGAGAUCACCAGCAGUCUCUCAGAGCUCUAUCAGAGCAGCACAGCUGGAUCCAGUGGCACCCUGAGAUCCAAAAAACGAGGUACACAAUGCACACCAGUAAGGCAGAAGAUGAAGACAAUGAGUCGCUCUCUACAGAUGCUGAAUUUUGCUCGCUUGAAUGUGAAAGCUCAGAAGACUCAGGGUGAUAGUGGUUCUGCUGGAUCUGCCAAAGGUGCUGAAAAAUGUGGCAAGAAAUGCUCUGGUGAUCGGAACAAGCCUGGCCUCUUCCAUUGCAACAGUGAGGAAGAGCUGCUCUCUCACCUGGGACUUGCUUAUCAAAAAGCUGUGGAGAAUAGAUCUGUGUCUGUUCCCUCUCAAGUGCAGGAUAUGCUUUCAGUUGUUAAGGCAUUUAUUAAAACUAACACUGGUGUGAAGGCUUCGCUCUUGGGCUUGGUGCAGAACCAUCUGUUGAAAUCUUGUCAGGCUAUUCGUCAGCUUUAUGGAAAUUCUUCAGAUGAAGAGAGUAAAAUCCGGGAAUGCCAGCUGCAAGCAGUUCUCAGACUUGAAUUGUGCAAACAAUCAGAACAAGAAGAAGACGAGGAGGUUGUGGAACAACGAGUAGAGGAUGUGGCUGAUAUGCUCCGGAUUAUCUCCCGGAGUAAAGAUGCAGUUUACUUAUCCAAAUUCAUGCAGGAUGAAGUGCUGCCAGUGUACCUGAACAGCAUCGCUAAAGUCCUGGCAGAUGUCUACCACAGUUUAGGAACUCAGUUGCCUGAGGCUCUUCUUGCUGUCCUGCCCUCUGAUUUCUUCAGUGAUGAGUCUAUGGCUAAGGACAGUGUGUCUGUAGGUCCUUCGCCUUUCUCAGCCACACAAAGCAAUGUGUCCAGUGUUGGAGAUCAUCUGGAGGAACUCCGCAAUCGCUCUGCUAAAAAGAGGAGACAGAACAUGCUCACACGCCAUAAAAGCAUGACUGAGGCUCCUCAGGCUCUGCGACAGAUAGAAAUGCCAAGAAAAUCCACACGGCUGGCAAAGCCGAAACCUUGUGUCCCAGUAGACAAACCUCCUGUAGAAGAACCACCACAACCUCCAAAGCAAGCAGUUCAAGAGGUAACAAAGGUAAGGAGAAACCUUUUCAACCAAGUUGCUGUAUCACCAUCAAAGAAGUCCAAAAUGCCACGGAGCCAGUCUGUGUCGGCAGUAGAGGGACUUAAGAAACGCAAGCGUUCACAUAUGGACGAUGAUGAACGACACACUCUUCUGACAAAGAAAGUAUCUGAAACACCUCUGCAUAAACAGGUGUCCAAUCGUUUACUUUACCGGCAAAGGACUGGCAGAAGAUCUGGAGAAUCUGAUGUGUGCAUUAUUGAGGAGUCUCCUGUCAAACCAAAUGCUGACUUGAGGAGAAGCCCAAGAAUUAAAAGCCUUACCAGGAGACAUUCCAGUGUAUUUUAUUCAAGCUCACAGCCACGUUCCCGAAACUUGGACCGUGCCAUCUCCUCCUCUCAACUCUGCCACUCUGAGGGUAAAGGAGGAUUAAAUGUUAGUUCUGUUAGGUCGCCAGUUCGACUUCUUUUUGGUGCUACCCAGUCCCCUGGUCGUCUACGGCACACUACAGCAUUCCCCUCAGAAGAUCAAGGCAGCAAAGAGUUAUCACUUAGGUCUGCAGUUUUUGAGAGUCAAAAUAGAACUCCACAGAAGUUAAAAUAUGAUCCAGUAGGAUCUGGGUGCAGAACCCCUCAGUCCCCAAGAACUCCAAACCGGACAGUUGGAGAGAAUGGGAUGACCCUGCGAGGGAGCCCUUUUCGUUCACCUGCUGCGAAGAGUCUAGUGGUAGAGACGCCCAAGAAAAGCCCACUUAAGGGGAUACUCAAGACCCCAAUGAAAAAUCUUUUGGAUUGUGUUUCUCCUAAUGGUGCUUGGCUGAGGAGCCCAAAUGUUAGAACGCCAAAGAAGAGUGUGACAUGGUCUCCAUCUCCACGGAAACGCCUGACAGAAAACCCAAUCAAUGUGCCAGAGUCUCCGUUGUUUACAAAAAGAUGCUCACCAAGACUGCUUACACCUGGCAAGAAUAGCAGCCCAGAGGAAAGAAAUGUUUUCAAAACACCUGACAAGGUGCCCCAAAGAAAAUCUCCUGGAACAAUGCCUAGGACACUUGAAGUCCUUGGAAAUGUUGAUCUGGAAACAUCUCAAUCCAUAACGAGAUCAGGAAAAAUGAGAAGAACACUGAGCUUACCUUGCAAGAUUACUGAAAAGUCUGGAGAAUUUGCUUCUGUUGAUUCACAAGAAUCUGAUUCCGGGGCAUUUCCCCUCUGUGCUUCACUAAUAAAACAAAAUAUACAAACUCCUGUAAAAACCCCCAAUUUAACACACAGGAUGUGCACACGCUCUGGUAGAACACCUGUAAAGGAGUCCUUGUCUCCUAACAAAUCUCGAGACGUUGCAGGAUCAAGCCCUUCACCUCGUAAAGGUCUGUCUACAGCAAAAUUAAGUGCAUCACCAUCCUCUGGUCCUGCUAGAUCACACGUCCACCAUCAAAGUAGUUCAUCCGCUACUAAUAUGGGAGAAUUCCCACAGGAUAAUAAAACAAUUGGGCAAAGUGAGAUCAACCAUGGAAAAGCAGACGAGGCGUCAUCUUCAGACUCACAGCAGUUUGAUUGCUCUGAAUUCAGCGUUACCACAGAUGAUGAAAGCAUUGAUAUAUCUGAGGCCUCAGUGGUGAAGACCCAACUCUCAGGGGGCAUUAAGAUGAACAUCACUUUCUCAAGGAAACCCUCCAGAUCCUCAGAGGUUUUUGAAUUUAAUGGAAAACAAGCCACACCCUCCACUACCACGCCGAGCCGAAGCUACGGCUUCCGUCAAACUGCGGAUCGACGCCAGCGAGAAGCAGAAGCACGUCUUGGACACGCCUCAGGAACACCAAAGAUCUCCACCCCAAAAUCAAGGAGGACACCUGUAUGUGGAAAGAAGUCAAUUUCUCAACCACUUACAUAUGAAGUGGAGUUAGAGAUGCAGGAGUCAGGCCUGCCUAAGCUGAAGUUGAGAAGGACCGAUUCUCUCAAUGCAGGGGAAGCACCUGGUAGUGCCACCAAGGGUGUGGCCUCACAUCUUGUUCACCGUAACAUGUCAAAUGUGAAGGCACCACAAGUCGACAGCCCUCUCGCACAAUGUUCUAGACAUCCUGGAUGCAUAUCACCAUCACUCUGCAGUCGAGGAACACCUGCUAAAGUUACGCCUGGGAAGGGUGUACAGACAUACAUUUGUCAGUCGAUCACUCCCACACAUUAUCCGCCAAGUAGCCAAUCCCCAUUAGCAUCCCCACUGACUCCGUCUCCUCAAAGCAGAGGAUGGUCCACCCCGGAGAACCUCAAUUGUUGGCCUCGUAAGAAAAGAGCUCGGAUCGAGGCUUGCGGCAACAAAGAGCAGGUCAUCAAAGGGGUCCCGCUGCUGGAAAAGCCUGGGGCGUUGGAGGACCCGGAACUUGAAGGUGUUUUUCGUAUUCAAGGGGUGGAAGAACUCAAGGAGUCGCUGAGCACCCCAGUCAGUCAAAGAAAGCUGGGAUUGAGAUCAAGCCAAGCUCUGGACCAUCAGUGCUCACCGGAAGGCAUGGAUUGGUCUGAGACCGUGGUUCAAGACUGUGAUGCUAAAGACCCUACGAAGUCUGAGCAUUUCGCGUGGAUGGGCAGAAAAGUGGACACCCCUAAAGUAAAGAAGCCAGUGUCGGCCAGUGGAAUCUUCGCACUCACCCAGUCACCUCUGUUGUACAAGAAAUCAACUGUGAUCAAAGAAGCAACGCAACCUAAUGCAGGAUCAAAUUCUGAGCUGGAUAUCUCUCCUCUUUGCCAGCCGAGAGGACGAAGGACAGCUAGUAGGCCGUACAGCCGAAAGAAACUUCUAGACUAAGUCCGUCAAAAGUACUUUUGAUUGCCUCGUCUUGCACUGUUGUUUUAAGAAAAACUAAAGCUUUUUAUAACUGUUUUAUUGUCUGUUUUAGCUUUAUUCUCAUUUUCUUGUAUAAUAAUGCAUUACCAAAUAUUGUAUAUUUUGUAUUAUAGAAAUGCUAUACUGUAUGUCAUUUGGCAUCAGCUAAUUACAGCAUAGCAACUGUAACUGGUCUGAACAUUUAUUGUAAAAAUAAGGUGGAAACAUUUAAUCUUUUACUUUUAUCAGUCUUAUGAAAUCAAGCUUUAAUUGUUCGUUUGUUAGUGAUUUAUUUAUUUGUGCUGCUGAUUCUGAGAUUUUUUUUUUUUUUUUUAUUGAAACGUUUCUUAACAGUUUGGCAGCUCGCUCAUGACAUCUUUGUCAAUGUGAAAUAAAUGUAAAUGUAAACAGAUUAUUUUAAUAAAGACUGUUCUUAAACUUUG